GCAGGGAAAAGGUUGGAGUGGGUGGUUUUGCAUUGAGCAGAGGCAUUUCAGUCAGGGCACACAUGCUUCAGCUGUGAGAGGCCCCACUCCCCUUGGCUGGCUGGCAUCCCAAAGCAGAGGCAGAGAGAGGCAGAGAGGGCUGACUGAGAGAGAUUGAAGCCGAGGAAAUGUUUCACAUCUAAAGAGGCAGAAAAACUGAUUAUCUAAGAAGAAGAAAAAAAGACUAGAGGUUCCCCAAUCAAUACAUUUUUUGGUAAAGAGUUAGUAUAUUUAGUUGUCAGGAAUGGCAGAUACAGUUGUCAAAAAGGAGCUCGCCACCCAUGCAGAUGUACCCUACGAUGAUGAAGAAGUUGCUCUUGUUGCUGCUGCAACAGAGCCAACAGUAGACGAUGAUCCAGCUGAAGACGUGGAUCUGGUGCUGGAUGGAGGCUCCGGAGGCAAGAGUGAAGCUCAGAUGAACGGGGUCAUGGUUCUCUCUCUGUUAGACAAGAUCAUCGGUGUGGUAGACAAGAUCCAGCAGACCCAGAACGGACUGGAGGCUCGGCAAGAGGCAAUGGAGAAGUCAGUGUCAACCAUCCAAGGGGAGCUGGCGAAGUUGUCCAAGAACCACGUCGACACUGCCAACACUGUCAAUAAAAUGCUGGACAAAGUGCGCAAGGUUAGCGUCAACGUCAAGACGGUGCGCAGCAACCUGGAGAAGCAGGCGGGCCAGAUCAAGAAGCUGGAGAGCAACGAGCAUGAGCUGCUUAAGAGACGCAACUUCAAAGUCCUCAUCUACCAGGACCAAGUGAAGACACCAAAAGAAUCCAAAACCAGGACAGCAGAGACAGUUGAAGGCCAAUCAGUGGAGGGCCUGGAGCAAAUACCCGAGGAAGGACAAGAUGGAGUGAAAGCAAGUCUAAAUUCAGAUGAAGAAAUUGAAGUUGAGGAGAUUAUUGAAGAGUCUCGUACAAAGCGUCUCCAACGCAGCACCAAGCAGCAAGUGGACAACAUUAAAAAGGCCUUCUCCAAAGAGCAAAUGGAGAAGACCAAAAUAAAGACCAAGGAGAACCUGGAAAAGACUAAGCAGAGGACCCGUGAGAACCUGGAGAAGACCAGGCAGAAAACGCGUGACAAUCUGGAGAAGACGAAGCACAACCUUGAGAAAAAGAUCAAUAAAAUUGGAUCCCGCAUGACCCCCAAACAGGAGCGGAGGGCAAAGAUAAAAAGCUCCAAAGAUAAGUUCAAGAAAUCCCUCACCCCUGAUCACACAGUCUAUGCUCGCUCCAAGAAUACCGUGUAUCGGGUUCCCCCCUUUACCUUUCAUGUUAAGAAGGUCCGCGAGGGGGAGGAGGAGGUAGUGCAAAACACAGAGAUUGUGGAGGUGACCGAUGGAGAGGAACAGCAAGGAGAGGAGAAUGGGCUGGGUGUGGAGGUGGAGGAAGGAGAGCUGGUGAAUGUAGAUGGUCCAGAUAUGCAGGAUCUGGUAGAGAUGAAAGAGGACCCUCAGCUGGUCAGGGUGGAACCAGAGCAUCUAAAGAAGGUGGGAAGUGAAUAAAGGCACAAGAAGACAAGUAACGAAAGGGAAGGAAACAUUGGUAAAUGAAUGAGUCGAAUUGAAGGGACACAGCAAGAAUCCUAGAGACUUUCAUUGAGGUGAUUACAGUCUGACACCUCAUUUGUUCUCUGUUUAUUUUACCUGACAAUGAUGACUUUCACGUUUGCUCAUGUCCGUUUUGCAAAUGAUAGAUAUAUAAAGUACAUAUAAAAGCAGUGCUAAUUUUUUAAAUAGAUUAUUAUGCUAAACUUAUUUCUUUCAAGUGUUUGGUUUUCUUUAUUUUUUGGUUUAACUAGAUGCCUGUCUGUAAGGAAGGCACACUAAAAGUUUUAUUACCUCAUAAUUAUGAAAUUAUGUUUGAUCUUUGACAUGUUUGGCAUGCAUGUUGAUAUGUAUGAGUAGUGGUGGUUUUGAUAUGGGUGAUGUGGCUUUGUACCCAGGGUGGCACACAGCCUGGGGGUUAACCUGAGGCUUAUAAAUAAAUACAAAAUGUGUAAUUUGCACCCUGACCUUGUUUUCUAUGGCAUAUAUGCAUGUUUAAUCCGUAGGUGUGGGAGUCUUCCUUAGGUGUUGAAACUAGAUAAAUAGUGGUGCAGUUUUGAGUUUUGCCAAAGCUGGCAUCUGAUCAUUAUAAUUUGGUAGUGUGUUAGGUUCUACCUAUUUGUUUUCAAUGAGAAUGUAUUGCAUUUGACUGUCUAUAGUUAUUAAAUAUACACAUUUAUAAUUCA